UUUUGUAACUCAUAUAACCCAGUGUAUACAUUGUAUAAAUAAGUCAUUGGCUCCCUAGCAGGACUCGAUGAUAUUUAAAUGUGUCCAAAAAAUAAUUUUUUAUUUUUUAUUAAGAUACGGUUAGACACCACAAAUAUAUAUGUUGAACGAAAAUCGUAUCCAAAAUGUACCUGACACGCGAAUACGGAGUGUCCAUACUUAGUAGACUACAAAUUAAUGCUAAUUUAUUGAAUUGAACACGUCAUUUAUUAUUAUUAUAGUUCAUACGAUGAAUGUUUCCCACUUUCAAAAAAGUCCACUAUCCUUCAUUAAUUCUCCAAGGUUCAUAUUACAGCAUAGGCAACCCCCCACCUAUGCUAUAUUAAUUCCACACGUUACAAUCGGUAUCUUCACUCUCUUCUGCAUGAUUUCAGCUUUCUCAUCACACCCACCAAAUAACAAAAGAAAUCUCCUAUUCAUGAUUCUUUCUCCCUCUUCCUUUUCUAUAUACACUACUCAUCAUACUCUUUGACACCCCAUUACUCCUUUUCCAUAUAUAAAUAACUCAUUAUCAACUUAGAGAGAGCACCAUAGACAACUUAGACAGAGAAGAAGAGAGAGAUUGAUGGGUAGUGGAACAAGAAUGGAAGAAGAUGGUGGUGGUGGUGAUGGGUUUGUUUCAAAGUUUACAAGCUCAUUCAUCAAAAUGGAGAAAGCCCUAAAUAGGGCAUUCUCAAAGUGUUUUCUUGGCAAGUACUUCAAGUUAGAAGCAAGAAAAACAUGCUUCACAAGAGAGUUUCGUGCAGCCAUGGCAACUUUUCUUACCAUGGCUUACAUCAUCACUGUUAAUGCUACUAUCAUCGCAGUCUCCGGUGGCACUUGUUCGACUGCAGACUGCACUCCACCUAAGAGUGCAGACUGCGUCGUCAAGCCUAACGCAGGCUACGAAACUUGUCUUGCAAAGACAAAAAGUGAUCUUGUUGUGGCCACCGUUGUUUCAGCAAUGAUUUCAACGAUGGCCAUGGGAUUACUGGCAAAUUUGCCAUUUGGUUUGGCCCCGGGCAUGGGGCCAAAUGCUUAUUUGGCAUUUAAUUUAGUUGGUUACCAUGGAACUGGUGGACCCCUCUCAUACCAAACUGCACUUGCUGUGGUGUGUAUUGAAGGUGUUCUCUUUCUUCUUGUUUCUGCUCUUGGUUUGAGGGGUAAGCUUGCAAAACUUAUCCCUCAUUCUAUUAGGCUUGCUUGUGCUGCUGGUAUUGGGCUUUUCAUUGCAUUUGUGGGCCUUCAAUCAAACCAGGGGCUUGGGCUUAUUGGGCCUGAUCCUUCAAAUUUGGUUACAAUCACUGCUUGUAAGAUUGUUGACCCAGUAACUGGGGCCUGCCUUGGUGGGAGAAUGCAAAGCCCAAAAUUCUGGCUUGGGCUUUUGGGCCUACUCAUAACAAGCUAUGGACUCAUGAAGAAUGUGAAAGGAAGCAUGAUUUAUGGUAUUCUCUUUGUAACCUUUGUGUCUUGGUUUAGGCACACAGGAGUUACUUAUUUCCCUGAUACACCACUUGGUGAUGCAAACUAUAACUAUUUCAAGAAAGUUGUUGACUUUCAUAAGAUAGAGUCAACGGCUGGUGUUCUUAGUUUUAGUGACUUCAAUAGGAGUGAGGUUUGGGUUGCAUUGGCCACAUUGUUCUAUGUUGAUGUGCUUGCAAUCACUGGAACAGUUUAUACAAUGGCUGAGAUUGGUGAGUUUGUGGAUGAAAAAGGUAACUUUGAAGGUGAAUACAUGGCUUACAUUGUUGAUGCUGCUGGAACCAUUGUAGGGUCCACAUUGGGUGUUACAACCACAGCAACAUUUGUGGAAUCAUCAGCAGGUUUGAGGGAAGGUGGCAGAACAGGACUAACUGCUGUGUUCAUUGGGAUGUUCUUCUUCUUCUCAUUGUUCUUCACUCCAUUAUUCUCAAGUGUUCCUCCAUGGGCCAUAGGAUCCUCAUUGGUGCUUGUUGGAGUGAUGAUGAUGAAGGUGGUGAAGGACAUAGAUUGGAACAACAUGAAGGAGGCAGUGCCUGCUUUUGCUACAAUGCUACUAAUGCCACUAACAUACUCCAUAGCAAAUGGGAUCAUUGGUGGGAUUGGUCUUCAUAUUGCUCUUAACUUUUUUGACUAUGCUUCAGGCACCAUAAAGUGGUUUAGGAACAUGAGAAGAAUGGUGGUCAAGGAACAAAAUCAAGUGUCUGCUACUACCACAGCAGCUGUUGACUCAACAGUGGAAAUUAUUUGACAUGUUUUGUUGGGGGUAUACUUGUAAUUUUAAGUUGUCAGCUUUAUGUCUUAAUUAUUAGUUAUAGUACAAGUUUUUUGGUUUUUUUCUUUUA